UCUGUUUAUCUAUAUACGUGAAGAUGAUGAUGAUGCGUUCGUUUCAUGGCUUGCUGGAACACUGUUUUGGCGGGCUUGGGGAUGAAUGCGAUGGUCUUCUCUGGCACUCGGAAUUGAAGCCACACGCCUCUGGUGAUUUCUCCAUCGCCGUCGCUCAAGCCAAUUCCAGCCUCGAAGAUCAGAGCCAAGUCUUUACUUCUCCCUCCGCCACCUACGUUGGUGUCUAUGAUGGCCACGGCGGUCCUGAAGCUUCCAGAUUUGUUAACAAACGCCUCUUUCAUUAUUUACAAAAAUUUUCCGUUGAAAAUGGGGGAUUAUCAGUGGAUGUGAUAAAAGAUGCGUUUCAUGCAAUCGAGGAUGAUUUCUUGAGCUUGGUGAAGAAAUCGUUGCACACAAGUCCCCGAAUUGCUUCCGUAGGAUCGUGUUGUCUCGUUGGUGCAAUUUCUGACAAUCUAUUAUAUGUUGCGAACCUUGGUGAUUCUAGAGUAGUUCUUGGGCGGAGAGCUAUGGUGGGCCACAAUCAUUCGGUGGUGGCACAACGGUUGUCAACUGACCAUAAUGUAUGUAUUGAGGAGGUGAGGAGAGAGGUCGAAUCUCUUCAUCCUGAUGAUGAACAGAUAGUGGUUUUUAGUCGCGGAACUUGGAGGAUUAAAGGCAUCAUACAGGUGUCAAGAUCUAUAGGUGACGUGUAUCUCAAGAACCCUGACUGUUGUAGAGACCCUUUUUUCCAGAAAUUUGGCAACCCUCUUCCUUUGAAACGUCCUGUAAUGACAGCUGAACCAUCAGUCAUUGUCAGGGAGCUUGGGUCACAAGAUUUGUUUCUGAUAUUUGCAUCAGAUGGCCUGUGGGAACAAUUAACUGAUGAAGAAGCGGUUCAGAUUGUGUACAAAUAUCCAAGAGCAGGGAUUGCCAAGAGAUUGGUAAGAGCUGCUCUUGAUUCGGCUGCAAAGAAGAGAGAGAUGAGAUAUAAUGACAUGAAGAAAAUUAAAAAGGGAGUAAGAAGACUUUUCCAUGAUGACAUUACUGUUAUAGUAGUGUAUCUUGAUCACCGAAAGAAGUCCACCUUCAAAGUUAAGAAAAAUGCUCUCGGCUCGAUAAGUGCUCCUAUGGAUAUUUUCUCCCUAAAUAGAAAUGAAACGGAACAGAGUAUCUUUCCUAAAGCUGCCUGAAGAAUAGAUCUUCCCAUGUCUCUACAUGAUAUCAUCGGACUAAUAAAUGGAUGAAGAUGAGUGAUGUAGGUGCAUGCAUGCAGGCUGAGGAUCCUUUGGAAGAAGGGAUGAAAUUUCAGGGAUGGUAACAGUGGUUACUGAAAAAUUAUCAUUGAUGCCAAUAAGCAUGUACAUAGUUUGAGUUCUCUUUUUUAGGUCGCUGAUCUCAAUUUUGUUUCUCAGGUUCUUUGAGAUGGUAAGAAAAUAAAUUUCAAUUUGAUUGAUUUCUAAUCAUGUUGAUCUCCUUCUAUGGGCAUGACCAGUGGUAAUUUAAGAGCAGGGUCAUGAUAAUGAACUAUGAUUCUGGCAUUUGAAAGACAUUUGGUGAUCUGAUUUAUUUUAUUAAAAUUAAUUAUUUGCAUC